UCAUGAGCUCUAUUAAUAAUUAUGGAUAUGAACCUAACAGCAGCCAAAUAAUAUAUCAAAAUCUAGACAGCACAGACCAACAGUCUCUUAAAAAUUUAAUAGCGGAGUUGACGAUGGAAGUGCGGGCUUUAAAGACAGAAGUGAAGGAGCUAAAGGAAGAAAACAGAAUAAAUUUGUUGAAGCUGACAGAGGAAGUUAUUGCGGUCAAAUUGGAAAAUAGGGGAAAACCCUCUGAAAGUCAAAGCCCAGAAUUCGACCAACUACCAUUUUACCAUAUGAAGGAUCUUGACGAUUUCGAAGCACAGCUUUUACAAAAGCCAGAGUUGUUGGAGAAAUUUAAACUAUAUAUUAAGAAGACUGGGGGUGAAGCGUCAACCCCUUUUCUAAGAGCAGCAAUCAGGCGUAUUUUUUCAGACGAGUUGGCAAUGUAUUUUUCGUGGAGGGGCACGGCAGAUAAGCCAAGCGCGGAAAAAUGUUUAGUUACAACAAUAAUAAAAAGUAAUAUUAUUUUAUAUUGUAUUAAUUCUUUUAACAAUAACUACAUUUAUUUCCUCUUUCUUUAGAUUUUUGCCAUGAAAUGUUUCAAGUGGACGAAAAAGCCGUUAGAUCAACGCUACAAAAACAUUUCGUUUAUGCAAACGAAAGAGUAAAAAAACGCCGUCUACCUUUGUCUGAAAAUAAAUGAUUGUAUUGAGCUGUAAGG